AUGAGUUUACCCACACCUAUUCACCCUGCCUAUGCCGCUAUCAACGAAGCUCGAAAGAAGCUACCACCUAUGGGUGAUAUCCCACUUGAAAAGGUGCGAGAAAACAUGGACAAACGCGGUGCUGCAGUUCAAGUUCCAGACGUCAUUGAAGAAGACAGGGUUGUGGAUAGUGAGGAUAAAUCCUUGAGAUUGACGCUGUUGCGUCCUUUGGGUACCGAGGAUGAGAUGCUUCCUGUUGUCAUCUAUUAUCAUGGAGGUGGAUUUAUAAGCGGUUCGAAAUAUACGCAUCGCAAGGUCACUCGCGAUAUAUGCACUAAAAGUCGCGUGGCUAUUGUCUUUGUCGAAUACUCACUAGCCCCUGAAGCCAAAUUCCCAUUGAUACAUGAAGAGUGCUAUGCAACCUUACAGUGGGUGCUUAAGAAUGGCAGAGGUAUCAAAGUCGACACCAACAAAUUAGCUGUGUGUGGUGAUAGUGCUGGUGGUAACCUAGCAAUUGCGAUCCCAUUGAUGGCCAAACAGCGUGGCCUGGGGGAUGUGAUCAAGGCUCAAAUUGCAUACUAUCCCGUCACAGCGUCAUCCAAUCGCGAAAGGUUCCCAUCGUAUCAAGAAUUUGGCAAUGGUGACUAUCCAUUAAGCCGUAAAGACGUGGAACAAGUGGAACACCUAUACUUUGAAGGAGAAGGAGGCGAUAAAAAGUGGGCUGCACCUUUGUUGGCAUCACUCGAUGACCUACGUGGUUUGCCACCAGCUCUCAUUAUGACCUCGGAAGCAGAUUUGUUACGUGACGAAGCCGAAGAAUACGGACGUAAAUUGACUGAGGCAGGUGUUAAGACAGCAACUGUACGAUUGAUUGGUGGAGUCCAUGGAAUGGUUAUUCAGAAUGUGGAUACUCCCAUAUACCUACAAUCGUUGGCAAUGAUAAACCAGCAAUUAGAUGAAGCAUUCAAAGGACCUUAG